UAUCAAAAACUUCCCCCCAAAACCAACAGUCUUAGCAUUUUGUUUGUUGUUGCUUUAUUUAAGCUUUAGAGAUAUUAACAUGGUCGCGGUACCCUGGUUUUAUGUGUUUGGCUGCUUGUGUAAUAUUUGUAUUUCUACAGGUUUUGUUUACGUUUAGUUUGAACAUUUGGAAAAAUUUUAGAUUUGAAAAUUUUGUAAUUUUGAAAAUUUGGAAGAAUUUCCCCUGAAAUUGAUCGAACAUGGGUUCGGAAACAGAAGUCGAACAAAUUGUUGACAAACUUCAAGAUUUUUGCGACAACUUCGUCCAAAAUCAUGGCAUGGAAAAAAUCCAUGAAAAAACAGCCAUGGUAAAGCAAGAAGUAGAUUCUACAAUUGCUAUGUUAAAGACAUUGGAAGAAAGAUGCCAGAAAACCACAUUCAUGCUGCAGUAUGCGCGUGCGUUAAAUGUAUUACCGGACUACUCAAGGGAGUGCGAGGACUAUUUAUCGAAAGUUGUAAAACGCGACCCGUCGAUUAUACGAGGAUGGAACUUGUUGGGGGAAACGUUCUGGAAAAAAGGUGAUAUAGGGGCAGCUAAGGACUGUUUUGAGGGGGGGCUCAAGAGGAAAAAGGAUAAAGUCAGUUUGAGGUCGUUAUCGAUGGUUUUACGUCAAUUAAAAGCUGAUAAAUUUGGUGAUGAGCAGAAGAACGUGAUAUCAAGUGUUGAGAUGGCUAAGGAUGCUGUUGGUAUGGAUGUGGAGGAUGGGAUGUCGUGGUAUAUACUCGGAAACGCUUAUUUAUCGCUCUUCUUUGUCACUGAACAGAAUCCUAAGGUAUUGGCAAUGGCAUUGGAAGCUUAUUCAAAAGCUGAGAAAGUAGAAAAGAGGUCAACCCAUAACCCUGAUCUACACUUCAAUAGAGCUAUGGCAUAUAGAUACGAGGAAUCAUACCAACUUGCACUAGAAGGCCUCACUACGGCUGAUCAACUAGACCCCACAUGGGGAAGCCCCCGAACAAAGAUUAAUGAAAUAUUUAAUUAUUUGGAUAAAGUAAACGAUCUGGUUGAAAAAAAGGGGAAAAUGAAAUCGAAACGACUUCAAAAUAUGAUCAAGUCAAUCAAAGAAACUAAUUUAGGCCCUUACAGUGGUGGUUCCUUCACUUUCAAUGGCAAGCAACAGAAACUUGAAUAUAUUCCAUUAUCCUCUCUGAAGGAAGGGGCCAACCCUGAAAAGGUUAUAAUGGGCAAGGUUGUAUGCAACAUGGCCGACAUCACAUUGGUUCCAUUCACGUUUGCAAUUAUUGAUCAUAAUGGUGAUUGUUACGCUGUGACUGUGUAUAACCUGGCUAGGGGCAAAGGAAUGAUAAUUGGUGAUUCUGUCGCGAUACCGGAACCCUUCAUGACUCAUCAUAAAAUUGAAUGGAGCGUUACUGCUGACUCAGCAAAAAAAUGGGACUUUCGUAACAUAAGAGUCGAUAACCCUAUUGUUCUAAUUGUUAACGGACGUAAACUAACACAGGAGCAUUGUGGGUCAACAAUCGCUGCGAUGAUACCUAGUCAGGCGUCGUGAUUAGGCGUGACAUAAACAUAUUAUAAAUGUCAGCAGAGCGUUUCAAAAACAUAGAAAUGUUGCCAGAUGAAUAUUCACAAAAUUGCUGUGUCUGGCGUAACAUGAACAUAUUAUAAAAUGCUGGUGGAAAUUGUGCGAAAAUAUAACUAUUAUAAAAUACUGAUAUAAUAUUGAGUGGAAAUUUGUGAAAUAUGGAGUGAAAUUCUAUAUGAGUUGGUUCUAUAGAAUUAUCCCAGAUUUGGUUCAUUAGUUAUAUUGUCAUGAAAUAGAAAUAUUAUAAAUGCAGUAAGAUAUCUAUUGCAACAUGAGAUAUCUAUGUUUGAUGUGUUUCGUAUAUUGCUGCUGUGUUGUU